UAAUCGUGUCCGAAGAGUUCCGUAUUGCUCAGCAGAAGAUGGCGGUGUGUGUUGCUGUCAUUGCCAAGGAGAACUACCCGCUGUAUAUUAAGACAAUACCCACAGAUAAUGAGUUGAAGUUUCAAUACACAGUCCACACUUCCUUAGAUGUUGUGGAGGAGAAGAUUUCUUCUGUCGGAAAGAACACCAAUGACUUGAGGGAGCUGUACCUGGGACUUCUCUACCCAACUGAAGACUACAAAGUAUAUGGGUAUGUUACCAAUACUAAGGUGAAGUUUGUCAUUGUGGUGGAGUCGUCUAAUACCAGUCUGAGAGACAACGAGAUCAGAGGGAUGUUCCGCAAACUGCACAAUGGCUAUGUUGACAUGCUUUGUAAUCCUUUCUACACUCCAGGGGAGAACAUAACCUCCAGGUUGUUUGACAAUACAGUGCUAUCCAUGAUGCAACAGGACUGAGGUGAACUUUUGGGUGAUAUUUAUCUACACAUCGUGAGGAAGAGGGAAGGAGAGGAAUGAUACUGAAUGCGGAGGAAAGAAGAAGAGACUGAAAGUGAACAAGAGCAUUAGAGACAUUUGAGAGAGAGACAGUGAGAGAGAGAGACAGUGAGAGAAACAGACAGAGAUAGAAAAGGAGUAGAUGAGACUAGAAUGAACAAAAGUAUGAGAAUGAGAGGAAGAAAGUAAAAAUAGUGACGAAUAAGUGAUUAUGACAGAGAGAAAAUAAGUUAGAGGUGGAAAAAUGAAUUUAGAACAAUGGAGAUAGGCAAGUGAACCUGUAAGAAAGAAGAGUGAUUAUAUGUUGAUAGUACCAUUUCCAUUCCAUCAAGGAGAGUUGAAUUAUUUGUUCAGUUGAAAUGUCAUGCUAUGUUCUCUGUAAUAUCAGGUCAGAAGUUAGGACACUUAACGGCUUGACUAUGUACAGUUUUUAUCUAAUGAAGUUAAUUAUUCAGGAACAGUCAAUUUGGUUGAAGAUUUUUACCUCUUCUGAUGUUUAGAAAAGCUUAUCAUUUUGAACUAAAGCCAUCAUUGCAAUAUACAAUGUACCUGGUGAGCUGAUUUCAGUCUGUUCGUAGAUAUUCGAGACUUCACAGCUAACUUUAUUUAACAGAUUUGACCAAAAUCAACAUUUAGUCAACCAGUAAGAAAGAAAAAAUACACUAGUAUAUAGUAAAUCUGACACUCAAACAAUAAAACGCUACCUGUAAGUGUUUAUAAGAUGAAGAUGUUUGAUUGCCUUUCUGUGUUGAAUGUAUUAUGAUUGUAUUGUAAUGCUGAUAUGAUUUGUGCAAUAUUAAAAUAUUAUUACCAUA